AUGACUGGAAAAAUGUGGAACUAGUAAUAUUAUCGGACAUUAUCAAGAUGACCGUCCGGAUGGGUGGUUAAAGAGGUCCAAAAGACAACAGUGACUAGACGCCGUUGCUCUGUGCAAAAUGGCACUUUGAGGACCUCAGUAAUAUCCGCAGACAGGGCGUCGUGUUUCGCUACCGGACAUGUUGUUUAAGAUGGGCAUCUAGACGGUCAUCUUAAUGGUGUCCGAUAAUGUUGACUUCAAAUAAUUAAAACGCGACAGGUGUGUAGUCACAACACUAGUCCGGACAGGCGUCCUUACCUGUCGUUUUCUGCGGCGUCCGGACAUCGUCAUCCCGUCCAGAGGUAGUACUUUGCCCACACCUUUUUCGUCCUUGGUCGUACCCCACUUUUAGCCGUCUUUUGUUUACCUGGGCACAUUUAUCGCGAUAAGUUCUUGUUUUAUCGAGGUCAUCACGGAGUUUUUGCAGUUACGGCGAUAAUUACUUUAUUUAAAUAAAGUAGCUUAUUACCACAAUAAAGAUUGUUCAUUGACAAAUUGCGAUAAUAAAAUUAUGACAAUAAAAGGCUGCUUUAUUCGAUAAACUAUUUAUUGUCUUAAUUACAAAAACUCCGUGACAGCCUCGAGAAAACAAGCGCUUAUCACGAUAAAUGUAUCAAAAGUGUCGUGGUUGUCUAGUAAAUAUCAGCUCUCAAAACUGAUCUGUUUAAAAGUAGAUCUUUUCUGUUUGAUUCAUAAUUCAUUUUUCAUUCCAUCUAUUCACAUCUCACGGUUUAUUCUAAAGUAAACUAAACUAUUUUUGCACUUUUUUUCAAACUUUAUUACUUUUUGUAUUGAUAAUUUCUGGUUUUAAUGUAAUGCCCUAAAAGUUUGUUGUAUUAUUUUUGACAAAACAGAAAAAAUAUGUUGGUAUUUACCUGAAAGGUAACUUGUGAUACUCUAACUUUACCUUUUCUUCCAUUAUUCGCACUACGACAUUACUUCUUACUUUUUAUUGACAGAGUUGACGACAUGAUGUUAAAGUUGCAAAACUUUUCAUUAUUAAAAGUAUAUUAGCAAAAUUACAAAUGUUGUUUGAACGUUUACCCAACGAAAUUGUUUUACUUAUUUGUGAUAAACUUGGAAGUAUUGAAUCAUUGGUUGCGUUCUGGGGUAUUAAUUUACGUUACAAUUCGUUAAUGAAUGAAUAUUAUACAGGAUCAUUAGAUCUAUCAACAUUAAAUUUUGAUGUAUUUCAGCGUUUUGUACAAAAUAUUUUACCAAACAUUAGUGCAAACACUCACACGCUAAAAUUAUGUCAUUCACAUCAACAAAAUGGUAUACUAUCCAUAGUCAAAAAUCCCAAUCAUUUUGAAUUUAUGUUUCCAAAUUUAACAUCAUUAUCAUUAUCAUUUACAUUUGCUAUUUAUUUAUAUCCUUAUCAUCAUUUAUUCAAACAAGUAUUGUAUCUAAAAAUGUCAUUGUAUGAUAUUGAACAAUGCCCAGUAACGAUUAUGCAAAAUAUAUUCAUGUCAGAAGGUCAACUAAAAAUAUGCAGUCUUCAUCGAGUAGGUUGUAUUCAAUAA